CCAUGGAGGUCCCUGCCUUGCCCGCUGCUGCAGCUCUUCCCGAAGAGUCACAACCCACACCAGCGAAACCAGUGCAGAUCACAGUCCUGGCGGCGCAUGAGCUGAAAACUAUCAAAAGCAACGUGUCGGCCACUUUGGUGCGCGUGGAGUACAACGGAGUGAUCCUGGGAGACUCCUCCAAGACUGAUGUCCUGCCAGACGGGACAGCAAGCUACGAUUUCGUGACCAGCUUUGAGUGCAACCCCAAUGGGCCCAACUCCUUGGCCGACAUCGCGCAGAAACCUGUGCUCUUUACAGUCAUAGAAGUGUUGCAAAAGGAUAAAAAACAGAAGGAGAAGACCGUGCCUCUUGGUCAAGCUGUGGUGGACCUUCUGCCUUUGCUGCAAGGACAGUGUUCGUUUCAGGUCUCGGCUCCUUUGUAUGCAGUGCUUCCUUCUCCAUUAGAGAGCCUUCACCCAGAGGCCAAGGGUGGCCUUGAAGUGACAGUGUGCACCGAAGAACCCCUGCUUUCUGCGGCGCAGCUCUCAAAUGGGAACCUCCUGAGCGUCACCCUGGAGGCAGCUUAUUCUGUCCCCGAAGCAUUUACUCCUGCUGGGCCCUCCCAGAACUACAUGGCUUGCUUACAAGUACCAGCAGCUGAGGAGGGAUUCCCCUUACUCUUCAAGAAUGGCGUCCUGAAGCUUGCUGGGGGAAAAGAGCCGUUACCCCGGCCCAAAAAAUGGUCCCUUGCUAACAUCAUGGCCCCUGGCGCUCUGAACAUGCCCAACAACUUUGUUGUUGGUGGUCCCUAUGAGGAUGAGGAUGGAGAGCUCAACAAAAGAGAGGACAGGGAGCUGAGGAUCCAAGCAGAAAGCUCAAAGAGAAUUGUGUGGGACAUGGAAAGGCGCUAUUACCUGGAUCCUGCUGCAGUAGUCACCCUGCAGAAGUGCAUUGCUGAGUGCCAGUACUGGCCCGUGGAGGUCUGCAGGAUGGCGGUGGCCUCAGCCACCAAGAGGAAAACCAGCAAAGCUGACAAGGGAGAUGAGGACAAGCAGAUUUUCUUCCAUGGGGUGGCUUAUGUCAACGUGGCUCCUUUGCUGUGCCCCGGUGUGAAGCGGAUCCGAGGCGCUUUUCGUGUCUUUACCUACCAAGACAACGAGGUGGUGGAGAAGACUAAAUGUCAGCACAGCGUUUUCCGGGAUCUCAGGAUGCAGCUGGGUCUGACUGAGGAAGGGUCGUGGGCCUCAGGAAUCAGUACUCCCCUUUCCAAAGCUUUUCCCAGCAAGACUCAUAAGGAAGAGAAAAUCACCAGAAGGGUGUCCAGCGUGCCCAAAAUCCAGUUGUCAGAUGCCUCUCUAGAAAAUGAAAAUGCCACAAACCCCAGCCCUGAUGGACAGCAAUAUGCUGAAGCGGGAACGUUCCUGGUGAUGGAGAUAAAGCUGGACAAAGCCUUGGUACCGAAGCGAUUGCAAGAGGAGCUCACCACACGGGUCAAGCAGAUGAUUCCUCCUCGCCCUCCGCUGCCUCCCCGGACAGAAGGAGCCAAAAAGCCCAUGGAAGAUUAUCACAACCACAUCACGAGCAUCGCCGUUGCCAUCCUCAGUGAAUGCCAGAAGCUCUUUGGGAAGCAGCUGCCUGAGGGGGGAGUGAUAGACCCCCAAACCCUGGAGGAACAGAAGCGUCAGCUCAACUUCGAGCUCAAUAACUCUGGGAAAUAUUUUGCCUUUAAGGAACAGCUCAAGUAUGUGGUUGUGAAGAUUGUGAGGGAGAAAUACCAGAAGACCACGGCGUUUGAGACCCAGAAGGAGCUCCAGGAAUUUCUCAGUGAGCUCUAUGUGUACCUCAUGGACCAGAUGCACGUUGCCCUGAACCAGCUUCUCUUUGAGGAAACUGCUUUCCCUGUCCCCGUGUUCCGCAUGACCGCUGAGCAGCUCUGGCUCUUUGCUCGCGAAGCUGAAGUCAACAAGGAUUAUGAGCUGGCAUCCACCUACCACCAGCAGAGGUUAAGUCAGGACCAGCAGAACAUCCAGCACUGGCUGGACUAUGGGGCAUUCCACCUCCUGCUGGAGGAAACAACCAAAGCCCAGGAGUGCUUCCGGCAGGCUCUUGCUCUGGACCUCCAUCACAUCCAAAGCUUGCUGCUCUCGGGGGUUGUGGCUGUCAUGCUGCAGCACUACGAAGAGGCAGAGAUUUUCUUUGAGAGUGCCUGCUGCUUGGAGCCAUCCAGCAUCGUAGCCUGGACGAUUUCAGGUUUAUUUUAUGAGCUGCAGAAUAAUCAUACGCAGGCAGAAAUGGCUUUCCGUGAGGCUAAGAAACUACUGCAAGCACAGCUCACCAAGGAGAGGAGCAUCUCUCAGGCUGCUGAGGGAGAAGGAGAGAAAAAGCAAACUUCUGCUACACCUGUGAGGUCUCAAAGCCCUGGCCCAGAUGAGUCCUUGCCAGGCCAAGUGCCGGAUGGUUCAGCUGAGCAGGUGCCAGAGGCGGUGGAGCCUGCCCUGACCUUCGUGGCACCCAAGGAAGAGGAGGGAACCCCAAAAGCACCAUCCCCUGUUUCGGGACAUGGCCAACCUCCCUGCACAGUCUUCAUGAAGACGGUGGAAUUCCUGAUGAAAUUCAAUGCCAUCCAGUUUGUCCACAUGGCGCUUGCCCACGAGCUGCUGAGCCUUCAGGGAGGUCCCUCCUGUGAGUACCACCUGGCCCUGGCCCGGGCUUGUUUGCUGAAGGAAGAUUUCUCCAAAUGCCAAGAAAGUCUCUGUGAGGCCGUCAGGAUCGACCCCAUGAAUCCCAAUGUCUGGGCUCAGAAGGGCCACCUGUGCUACCUGCAGAGGGACUUUGGGGAGGCAAAGAAGUGCUAUGAGCGAACCGUCGGCUUUGUGGAGGACGCUGAGGAUAUGCACUUCGUCUACCUGCGCCUGGGCUCCAUCUACCUGGAAGAGGAGGAGUUUGGCCAGGCCAAGCAGACCUACCUGCUCGCCUGCGAGAACUCUGCGUCCUGUCUCACCUGGCUGGGGGUGGGCAUCGCCUGCUACAGGCUGGAGGAGAUGGUGGAAGCAGAGGAUGCUCUCUCCGAAGCCAACACCCUGAACAACACCAACGCUGAGGUGUGGGGAUAUCUCGCCCUCAUCUGCCUGCACGGAGGACGGCAGCGGGAGGCAGAGCAGUGCUACAAAUACACCCUCAAGCUGGGCCUGAGGAACGAUGCCUUGCUGCGGGAGAUCCAGGCCACCCAGCAGCGGCUCGGCUUCGGCAACCCGGCCUUCUGAGCCCCCCCACCGGGACCCCCCCACCGCUACGGGACCCCUCCCCACCCCCAACCCCCCUUACACAUAAACCCCCCUGCUCCCACCGAGGGCUCGUCUCCACUUCUAUCCCCAUCGCCGGCCCAACCCACCAGGAGUGGCGGAACACCCCCCGGGAAGACACACACACAGACACACAGACAGAGAGACACGCAGACAGACAGAGGCACACACAGGCACAGACAGACACACA